GGAUUAUUGUUGCAUGUUGCUUCGCAUUAAGUAAAAUGCCAGGAUUUUUCUUCCACCAUAACAACAUGAGUGAAUUAAAUGGAAAAGAAGACUGCAAGCAUUCAGAAGGCAAAAACCGUAAAAAGAAGCAAAAGCCUUUUGGUGCAGAUCUCAAAAAUUAUUUGAAGUGCAUGGUACCGCAUAUUGAAUCAGGGAUCAAGACUUCUAACUCCAGAAAUGCCAUGCUUUCUGCAGAGGAAGUAAUACAGUGGUCCCAGUCUUUGGAAAAGCUCUUGGCCAGUCAGAGUGGUCAAGGUGUCUUUCGGGAGUUUCUGAAGUCAGAGUUCAGCGAGGAAAACAUCGAGUUCUGGCUGGCUUGUGAGGAUUACAAGAAAACCAAGUCUGAUCACUUACAUGGCAAAGCGGAGAGGAUUUAUGAGGAGUUUGUUCAGUCAGAUGCUAGUAAGCAGAUUAAUAUUGACUAUCAGAUGAGGGAAGCAACAGCCAAAAGGGCUCAAGACCCAACUUACACAAGUUUUGAUGAAGCCCAGAAAACAGUGUACAUCCUCAUGGAAAGGGAUUCAUAUCCCAGGUUUUUGAAAUCCAAAGCCUACUUGAACCUUUUGAACCAGCUGCAAACCAACACUUCAAAAUGAAGCGUUUGAGGCAGUGAAGAGCCAAGUAGACUCUGUGUCAAAUAUCCUGUGGAGAGGUACUUCAGGGUGGUUGGAUGUCGGCAAGGAGAACCCCCACCUUGGAAGGAGGGGUACAAGGGAGAUGGAAAGAGCUCCGCAGCCAAGAGAACACCAGAUGGCAAGACUGCCACAAGGGUGAAAGCCAAACAGGGAGAAAAUCCUCUUCUCCCAUACGCCAUGGAGUCAAGACAGGAUAUGGAUACUAUUUAUUGUUUGAACUACACUGUGAACAUUGAACCAAGUCUUAGAUCCCAAAGAACUGCUGAUUAUCAGCAAGCUGAGUGUUGGGAAAAGAUUAUCAAGUUCAGAAGAAAAAUAAGGAUGACUGACAAUUUUGUUCAUAACAA